AUGGCCAUCGUCAUGUUGCCUCAUGCAAGUUGCUGUAGAAAUGCCUCCAAGAACGCGCUGACGUCACUAAUCAGCGUGGUCUUUCCCGAGACGCUAGAGCAGCUGGAUCUUGGCCACAAUGCCAUUUCAGAAAUCCGAGCCGCCUUUCCGAAAUCGCUCCGGCGCCUGUGUCUCGGGCCUAACCCUGUCGUUGCGUUUUACGCCAAUGCAUCGCAGUUCGCCCUGCUCGAGUCCCUCGGGCGGCCAGCCGACGACUGCCUCCUGCACGUCAACACAACGAGCGCAGCGUGCGCGGGGCACAACGGCAUUGCGCUGCUCUGGGGUCUCUAUCCCGUCUGCCUCUUGCCCGACGUGUCGACGAUCCCAGCCGUCGACGCGGCGGCGUUUCCAUACGCGGCUGUCAUUGGCGGUGGCGUCAGCCUUGUCGCGCUCUGCAUCAUUGCUGUUAUUUGCUACACGUGUCGACGUCGGAAGCGCGUUCGAAUGAGCCAGUCGACGCCGAUCGAGAUGGACGUUCGGUCGUGGUACUCGUCGGCGAAGACACCGACGCCGCUCGAACGUGCGAGUUUGCACUUGGAGACCGAGUUCCAGGACCAUUUUGUGCCGCAAUCGGCGCUCACGCGGGGGCAUUUGCUCUAUCGACGCGAACUGAGCUUGGUGCACCGCGCACUGUACCAAGCCGCCGGCGCGGACGACGCCGAGAUGGUCACGCUCACGUCUUUGCCGCCUGACAAGUCGGACGAUCCGGACGCGGUUGGCAUUUUCCUUGAGACCGUCCGUCUCCACGCCCAGCUGCACCAUCCCAAGAUCGUGCGCUUCGUCGGCGUGACGUGGCGCACGGUGAAACAGCUCGCGCUCAUCACCGAGUACAUGGAGCGAGGGGACCUCUGGUCGCUUCUCCAGGAGCCACCGAUGCACGCAUGGCUCGACGACAUGAGCGGCGCCACAAAGCUCUCGCUCUUGCACGACGUCGUCGACGGCCUGCGCUACCUCCACUCGUGCGACCCCAUUGUGUUUCAUAUGGAUCUCAAGGCCGAGCACGUCUUUGUGAGCGAGAGCUUCGAAGCCAAGCUCGGUGCGUUCGGAUCGACACGCGCGACCCACCAUGCAGAGGACGUGACGAGCACAGAUGACGAAGCGGUCGUCGCCUGGAGUGCCCCCGAAGUGCUCAAAGGCCUCCGGUACACGGAAAAGGCUGAUAUUUACGCACUCGGUGUACUCAUCGCGACCAUGGACACGGGCAAAGCGCCGUUCGCCAACGAGACCAAUCAACUGCGGGCGUCGCGGACGCGCAUCGCGGUGCACGUCAUGGCCGGCAACGCCACGCUCGAGUUCCGAGACGACUGCCCGCCGGCCGUGCGCUCGAUGGCCGACCGCUGCCUCGCGUACGACCCGCGGGACCGCCCGAGUGCCAAAGAUGUGUACAAGUGGAUCGACUUCAUCCGCAAGGCGCCGAUGACCGUGCCAUCGCCCGAGUAUCUUCUCUAA